AUGGCGGCCGUUCAGAAGAUCAGACGCUCAGACGCUCAGACGCUCAGACGGUUGAAGCUUCCACAAACCGCGAACCGCGAGGCUCAAGCCAUUCAUCUACAAAACACAUAUCUCUACGCGCCCAGCAUAAGUAUCUGUACAUCACCAGUUGCGCCGCACCCGGUAUCGACCCAUACCGCAUAUCGCGCAGUUCGCGACGACGACAACGACGACAACCUCGAUUCCGGCCCGGACGCGAACAACGUACGCUCUCCCCGCUUCACCACCACGACGUCGACACCAUUUCGCAACCCCUCCCCGUCGAGGGACGACGCCACGACCGCCGACCCGGUCGACUCCAACUCGAUUCCCCUCAACAAUCUCGAACCAGCUGCCUCGAAUACGCCAUCACGACGGCCCGAUAACACCCCGUCUCCUCGUGAGGCACCGGGUCAGCCGACGAGGACUUCCUCUCCCGAAGCCAAGGGGUCCAAACCCCUCGUCUCCUCGUCCAUGGCUUUUUUGACCAAGAACAUCUGGCCCAAAGAUGGGAGGAACCGCUCCCAUGUUCCGGCCAUGCCGGUCUGGAUUGCCGUCGUGAGGAUCGCACAGCUCGUCCUCGCCAUUGCGACGCUAGGAAUAACAGUCUAUGGGCUCACCACCAUGCAAAUGGCUACGGGCUAUCGCAGGAUAACGUCCUUCAGCGGUACAGAGGGUUUCCCUUUUUCAUGGUUUGCUUUCGCCUGGACCUUCUCCUAUUUGACAUGGCUGGGCGUAGCCGUCAUGUUCAUUCCGGUCAUGUACAACUGCUGGGUGCAUCUUGGUCUUGAACUCCUCACCGUCGUCUUCUGGUUGAUCACCAUGGCCCUGCUUGCCAGUCACGCAGAUGAUCUUGACUCUCUCGACGCCUUCAUUGUGACAUUCGGCCCCAAAUAUGAGGUGUACUACAAGAUGAAUGUCGAGCCGUUUGCCGACGGCUUCGUCGGCGCAACCUUUGCCGGAACCGCGACGUCCGUUAUCAACUUUGUGCUCUUCAUAAUCACCAUCACUGUGUUCGGUGCGUUAUUGCUCUUGUGGACUAGACACCUGGCAGACUGCCCGGAUGGAAUGCAGAACUUCCAACUGACCAUGGCAGGCCGGGCUCUUCAUGCGUUACGCAAAGCAAACUUGGAAAAGGCCCCUAGCACCACCGAUUCGCAAAAGACCAUCCAGGCCGAAGGAGACAAGAUGGUCGCGUCGCCGCAAAUGACCUCCGCUGUCCCUACGUACAUCCACUGGAACACCCAGUACCCACCUCCCCAGCAUCCCCACGCAUACGCCUACUACGGCCAGCCGUACGCACAGUCACCGCACUCGCAAACGAACACGUCCCCGCCGAACUCUGUGCCACCGCAUGGCUUCCAACCGGCAUACUUUCCCAACAGCCAGUGGCCUCCACAGCCGCCCCAACAGCAGCCGCCCCCCGAAGGCGGCGUCUGGCCAGCCCAGAAUUACGGAAUGUACCAGCAGCAGGUGCCUAUCGGACCACAGCACACCGGUCAGUCUGGCAGCAGCAUGGGCUCGCCUCAGUUCCCCAUGGUCCAGCCUAUGCCGGCCAGCAAGGCGGACCUCCCAGGCGUUUACCCAACACCGCCACCGGGAAGCGCAACGGUAGGGCCCGGAUACCCGUCACAGCAGUCACCACCUCCGCCGCCUCCGCAGCCCGGCACUGUAUACUCUCCGGUAGAGUUGAAUGAUGGACGAGGGGACGAGAACAUGCCGGCAGAGCUACCCAACAACCCCCCAAGGUCACCCAGAUGA